AUGAGUGACAAAGGGCGGAGCUCGCCGGCUCCGCAACCGUCUCCCCGUGCAAAUGCGGCCCUCCCUGCGUCCUCGCCGAUCGGCUCCUUUCGCGCGCGGUCCCUUGGCACCUCUGUACCUCGAGCUGAUACGACUGCCCGUCUCGCAAAUCCCGUACAAAAUCUUGGCACGUCGCCUGCAUCGGCGGCCGGCGUCGGUGGCCGUGGGGGCUCGGGACGUUGGUCACCCUCAGGCAACAUGACUCCCCUCGCUGGCGGAAGUGCUUCCGGUGCGUCGUACUCAGCCGGACCGGGCGUGUCUGCUCUGGCUAUGGCACUCUCAAACUCUAUUGGCACGUCUCCUCCGCGGUUUGGUACCCCUGCUGUGCGGCCUGCGUCGCCUUCCUCAGCGGCUGCUAUUUCGACUGCUGCGGCGCCGACCAACUUUAGCAGCACGCCCUCUGUCGGCGGCACCGGUCUGACACCCACAAACUUUGGCUCCUUCGACUCAAGACAACGGUAUGCAAGCACGAGCGGCGCCUACGAAGACCCGGAGAUUGUGCGGAGACACUUGGUGCAGCGCACCGACGCGUCCAGCAUCUCUGAGAGUGCGGCCGAUGCCAAGGGAAAGCAAACUGCGCAGAAGAACGGCGCCGUCGACGGCGCAUCUGGGGGUGGCGGCGACACUGACUCGGUGGGUGCGGUGGGCGCGUCUGGCAUUGACGACGACGAGUUCUCUAGUCUGCGGCUGCAGGGCGGCGACAUCACAAGGCCGAUCUACAAGUGGACGGAAGAGGCCACGAACAAGAUACAGCGCAGCAAGAGUUUCAUAAUGCCGCGACCGGAGCCCGAGAGCGAGGUGCUCGACAUCAACACGAUCAAAGUUCCUGGCGGGUUCCGCAGAAACUACCUCCGCCGCACAGCCGAGGAGGGGUACGGCACCUACGACGACGAGGAGAACGGCGGCCAUCGCCACGCUCACCACCACCACCCCCACCCCCACCACCAGGGCCCGCCACAGCAGCAGCCGCAACUGUUCACCUCCAGCUUCCUCGAGUUCUUGUCCAUCUACGGCCACUUUGCCGGCGAGGAGCUCGAAGAGGAUGACGAGGUGCUCAACCCUGGCGAGUAUUUCUCGUCCGGCGACGACGUGUCUGGCCAGGAUGUCGCCGACGGCGAGUACUGCAGCAGUGAGGGCAGCGGCAGCUCGGACGAUGAGCGCGAGCCGAUGGAAGACAGUGCGCUUCUGACGCCCUCGCGGCGGAAACGGCGGCGGAAGUCCCGGGGCGGCAGCGGCAAGGCGAGCCCCAUGAGCGCGGCUGCUGUCCUGCUCAAGUCGUUUGUGGGCACGGGCGUGCUGUUCUUGCCGCGGGCGUACCUCAACGGUGGCAUGCUCUUUAGCAACCUGGUGUUGCUGUUUGUGGCGGCCCUGAGCUACUACUGCUUCGUGCUGCUGGUGACGACGCGGCUCAAGAUCGUGGGCUCCUUUGGUGACAUUGGCGGUAUUCUUUAUGGCAAAUGGUUGCGGUUCAUGAUUUUGACGUCGAUUGUCAUCAGCCAGGUUGGCUUUGUGGCUGCAUACAUUGUCUUCACCUCGGAGAACCUGCAAGCCGUCAUCCUCGCCGUCACCGAGUGCAAGACGCUGAUCCCGACCAAGUACCUGAUUCUGAUGCAGAUGGUCAUCUUCCUGCCGUUCUCGCUGCUGCGCGACAUCAACAAGUUGGCCUUCACGGCGCUUGUGGCUGACGCCUUCAUCGUCAUUGGUCUCGCGUACCUGUUCUACUACGAUGUCCUGACUCUCGACAAGUUUGGCGUGGCGGACAUUACCAUGUUCAACCAAGACAGCUGGACCCUCUUUAUCGGCACGGCAAUCUUUACCUUUGAGGGCAUCGGCCUCAUCAUCCCCGUUCAGGAGUCGAUGCGCCACCCGGAAAAGUUCCCCAAGGUCAUGCUCGCCGUCAUGAUUAUCAUUACGACGGUGUUCGUCACGAUGGGCGCCGUGUCGUACGCCGCGUACGGCUCCAAGACGGAGACUGUGGUGCUCCUGAACCUGCCACAGGGCAGCAAAAUGGUCAACAGCGUGCAGUUCCUGUAUUCGCUGGCUAUCCUGCUGUCUACGCCGCUGCAAAUCUUCCCGGCCAUUCGCAUCACGGAGAACGGCCUGUUCACACGCAGCGGCAAGUACAACCCGUACAUCAAGUGGCAGAAGAACGUCUUCCGCUUCUUUGUUGUGGCGGGCUGUGCGGCCAUUGCCUGGGGUGGUGCUGACAACCUCGACAAGUUCGUUGCCCUCGUCGGCAACUUUGCCUGCAUCCCGCUGGUGUACAUCUAUCCUCCCCUGCUGCACUACAAGAGCGUGGCGCGCAGCCGGCUGUGGAAGAUCAGCGACCUUGUCCUCUGCUUCUUCGGCUUCAUCGCCAUGGCCUACACGACUAGCUUGACUAUUCUGAGCUGGGCCAACUCGUCAACCGAGCCUGCCAUCCCCGGCUACUGCGAUAAAAAGUAA